AUGGCACGCUGGACAGUCUCAUCCUUAGCAUUGGGUCUUAACAUUCUGUUGGUGUUCUUCACAUCAAAUGUCACCGCCGCAAGCUACCCUGUGCAGCAAUACAAAUGGUACAGAAACUACUAUCCGCUACCGGAACAAUACUGCAUCUACGGCUGUCAAGGCACACUCAACUACGUCAAGUUCAACUUCACGCCCAUCAGCACCGACAUCAACGGCUACCUGCUGAACAGGUGCUCCAACAAACUCCUGCUCAACUCAAUAUUGUACUGCGGCCAGAAGUACUGCACUCCUCGGGAAGUUCGCGAGGGGCGCAAGGCCCUCGCACGAGAUUGUGAUCAGAUCGGACUGCCAUACCCUACUAUCGAGGACGCCCGACUGUCGGACGAAGCACUGAACAACAUCCUCGUAUUGAACUAUACUGCCGGACUGGCCACUGCGAACGCUCCGCUCGGUCCAGGAGUUGCGGCAAUCCCAGACUUAGACUGGCACACACGAUCGGAAAGGACCGUGGACGCGCAGUACUUCAACUAUGACCUCAGCUUCGACUUCAGUUUUGCCUUGAUCGGUUUCUGGGGCCUCGUGAUUGUCGUUGGCAUGGUCUAUCGCAUUCUGGUGUACAUGGGCAAACCGGUCGACGGGUGUUCAUCGUCGAGCUGGUGGCUGUGGGUUCGCAGGACGCUCAUAUUACCGGCAACUUUCGGUCAGAAGCAAGCAGAAGCGGUCGCUCAUGCUUUUACCAUUCCACCGAGACUCGAAACUCUCCUGCUGACCCUCUACCUUGUCAUAAAUAUCGUCAUGUGCUUUCCUAGCUAUGACAUCUUCACUGGUAACUUAUACUAUCCAGAAAAGCGAGUUCAGCUCGCUCGCUACAUUGGUGACCGCACAGGCUUUUUGUCAUUUGCUCAGCUACCCAUGGUCUGGGUCUUUUCGGCGCGCAAUGAGCCUUUCAUGUGGCUGACAGGCUGGUCGUAUGCGACAUUCAACCGUUUCCACCGAUGGAUCGCCCGCAUAUCGGUACUGCACGCCGUCGUCCAUUCGAUUGCUUACUCCUUCUAUGCGGCCUGGACGAGCACUUAUGUAUCCUCGUGGAAGGAAGUGUACUGGUGGGCCGGCGGCAUUGCCACGAUCGUCAUGUGUCUGAUGCUCCCGGCUUCCUCCUAUGUUUUCCGGCAACGCUGCUACGAACUCUUUCUCGCUGUUCACAUCUUGGCGGCGUUGUUGUCUCUCAUCACGCUCUGGUACCACGUGCGCAUCUUCAAUGGCCAGUUCAAUUACUUCCUGUACCCAUGCAUCGGCAUCUGGGCGCUGGAUCGCUUACUGCGAAUCGUUCGAACGACAGCCCUCUCGGUCAUGCCACGCUUCGCGAAGGGAGCCAAGGCCACGGUUACAUACAACCACAGCACCGAUCUGAUUCGAAUGGACAUCAGCGAAUUUCUCCCAAAGACAGACAUUGUCCCUGGACGCUACUACUACUUGUAUAUCCCGGGAAACAUUCGCGGGUGGGAGAGCCAUCCCUUCACAUUGUGUUCCUGGCGACGGCCGGCCUCUUCACCAUCGGCAUCACCGCGCACAUCGGCCGCUGACAAGCAAAUACACGCUUCAGUGCGAAAGUCUCCCGACGACUACCACUAUUGUAGCACGGCUCAUACUCUCCUCAUUCGCCCUCACCAAGGCAUGACCCGCCGACUUGAACGGAAGCUUUCUCUUGCACCUGAGAACAUCGUCUCAAGCCGCGAGACAGUCUUCCUCGAAGGCCCGUAUGGCGUACCUGUCGACCUCUCGACCUACUCCGACAUACUCAUCCUGUGCGGAGGCUCUGGCAUUGCUGCCGCAAUCUCUCACACCCACCACAUCAUCACUGCGAAUUCCACCUCCCGCAUCCACAUCGCUUGGGCUAGUCCUCGGCGUGAUCUGCCCGAUGACGUGUGCGCCAACGAGCUGGCGGAGGUCAUACACACUGAUCGAGUGCACAUGACAGUCUAUCUGACUGCUUCCGCGGUAGCAGACAAGGACGAGGAUCAGCAACUUCCAUACGAGACUCUCCAUGGACGACCGAACUUCGAAGCGAUCAUUAGGCACAGAAGGAGCCUCGCGACGAGUAGUUUGGCCGUGGUCAGCUGUGGCAAGGCACAAAUGAGUGAUGAUUGUCGGGCGGCAGUCGCCAAGGUGCUGGGCAGUAAAGGGAGCCCGACCAAGCAUGUAGUCCAUCGCUGCUGGCUGCUCGCAUGGCCGACGUUCUUCAAUGGACGGUCGGCACACAUCGAAAAGGUAAGCAUCAUCGCACCAUCACGCCUCUGA